GCGUAGCUUUGAAGCCACUAUUCCUUGACGACACCCUUGUUAUCUGUCCGUCGUCUGCUUCGAUGACUACAUGCUAACUACAAAAGCCAUACGUAAAACAUUCUUACCCCCGCUUCUGGGUGGAGCAGAGCACCGGUUGCUUGAGCGGUUGAGUCUGCGAAGAAAUGUUCUGCGAUGGACCAACCAUCGACCAUAUUCAAGUCGACCUCAACCACCUCCUAGUCCAUUCGGUGGGAAAGACACUCCAUUACAUAAAAGACUAGCAAGAGCAUGGACGGAGACACCCACCAAGUGGUACCCUCUUCCUCUUGCUGCUGGAGCGCUGCUGCUUCUUAUUAUGCAAUAUCACAAAAGACACGGAGGACACGAAGUCCACGUCGAUGAGUAUGGUAAUCAGGUCAUCAAGUUGAAGGGCCCAUGGCAUGUGAGUCCGUGGUGUUAUCAUCUGUCCUUCCCAAAGCUGUGUACGUUAUUGGAGCACUUCCACUCCGAAACAUGUCACGUCUAUGGGGAUACUUCAAUUCGCUAGAACUACCCGUUUGGUUCCGCCCGUUUGGCUUCCGUUUCUAUGCAUGGAUAUUUGGAUGUAAUUUAGAUGAAAUUGAUCCGCUAGACCUCACAGCGUAUAAAAGCCUGGGCGACUUCUUCUACCGGAAACUCAAGGACGGAGCCAGACCAACUGCUGAUACGGUUCUGGUUAGUCCUGCAGACGGUCGUAUAUUGCACUUCGGCACUGUAGUAGGCAGGCGCGUUGAGCAAGUGAAAGGAAGUACAUACUCCCUAGAUGCACUCUUAGGAAUCGGAACCCCUACUUUACCUCCCGGGACGCCUGUCGUUUUCCCAACACGCACCCUUGACGAGGUCGAGGACAAGCACUUCGCUGAUAUCAAUGGAAUUGAGUACACCCUAAACGAAUUGUUGGGUUCUGGUACGCCUACGACACCUGCAGACUCUGCGGUGGAUAACGCUCCUUCAGACGGCUCUUCCAAGGAUGUACCCCAGCCUUCAGACGACCUCAAGUCUAAGGACGAUUUGAAAGCUACAGAAACAGUGGCAACGAAGUUCGGUGAACCUAUAGAUGCGACCAUACCGGAGGAAGCGUCAUAUGAACCGGAAACCGUUGCAAGACAUGCGUCCGUCGCGGCGGAGAUGGGUGUUCGGCCCUCGUUGGAGAGAAGACCUAGCGCGAAUGCAAUGGAUGUCAGACCAGGAAACACGCUGUUUUUCGCCGUGAUCUAUCUUGCUCCGGGGGACUACCAUCGCUUCCACAGUGCCGCCGCUUGGGUUGUAGAGAGGCGGAGGCACUUCAUCGGCGACUUGUUCUCUGUAUCUCCUUGGAUGGCUAGACGUCUGGAGAAUCUCUUUGUUCUCAAUGAACGUGUGGCGCUACUUGGACGUUGGCAACAUGGAUUCUUCAGUAUGAUUCCUGUAGGUGCCACCAACGUGGGUAGCAUUCGAAUCAAUUUCGAUCAGGAUCUUCGAACAAAUGAUCCUUCACACCGGAAGCAUCCUCUUGGAACCUACAUGGAAGCAGUGUACCACCACGCCUCACCCAUCCUCAACGGUCAGCCCCUUUCGAAAGGUCAAGAGAUGGGCGGCUUCUGUCUUGGUAGCACUGUUGUCCUGGUUUUCGAAGCGCCGCAUGACUUCCAGUUCAUUAUCAGAGAGGGACAGAAGGUCAAAGUUGGUGAGGCUAUGGGGGAUGUCGCCACCAAACUUGGAGUGCAGAAGCUCAAGCAGCAGCAGUAAUUGUGAAUUAGAGGAAAUUAGAGGCGACGGGGAGGUUGAUUAAAGCAGUGGUAAUGUACAGUUCUCAAAUAACCAUGAUAUACUCUACUCUAUGCUCAAGCGUUGAGCCGGAGGGAAGAGACAUUUUUUUUCACAUCUCUAAGUCUCACCCUUACGUCUCCUGGUCUUAGGCCGCACAAUAUCAUGCUCCGAACCAUCCUGAUCAUUAUUCAUCCUUUUUCGUUUGCCAGGUUUCCCUGUUUCGAUAGAAUUCAGUCUGUCCUUGACCACUUUCCUCACUCGCGUCGACCUUCGCACCAGUUUCACAACUUCCUCCUCCUCCUCAGCCUCGGGUGGGAACGUUAUGGGGUAUUGCGUGACGGUUGCCGGAGCCUCAGAUUCAUCCUCGGUGAUAAUCUCAGUACCUUGGGAGCCCUCCCGUGCCGGUCUGUCCAUGGCUCGGUAUCGACAUCUCAUCAUAUAGUCCUCCCACUCCUGUGUUGUGUUGUAUGGGAACAUAUUCGGGACUGUGUCAUUCUCGAGCCAUCCGUCUUCGGAUAACGCAUCGUCGAAUAUUUCGACGAGGUUUUUGGGAUUGGAAAAAAACUCGUGGUGACUUUUGGAUUCCUGGACGUAAUCUGGUUUGUGUUCAUCAUUCUUUCUGAUUACACCAUAUAAAUAACCAAAAAGAUCCCUG